AUGUUGGUGUUGGUAUUAGGAGACCUGCACAUCCCACACCGGUGCAACAGUUUGCCAGCUAAGUUCAAAAAGCUGCUGGUACCAGGAAAGAUUCAGCACAUUCUCUGCACUGGAAACCUUUGCACCAAAGAGAGCUAUGACUAUCUCAAGACUCUGGCCGGUGAUGUUCAUAUUGUGAGAGGCGAUUUCGAUGAGAAUCUGAAUUAUCCAGAACAGAAAGUUGUGACUGUUGGGCAGUUCAAAAUUGGUUUAAUCCAUGGACAUCAAGUUAUUCCAUGGGGAGAUAUGGCCAGCCUAGCCCUGUUGCAGAGGCAGUUUGAUGUGGACAUUCUUAUCUCAGGACACACACACAAAUUUGAAGCAUUUGAGCAUGAAAAUAAAUUCUACAUUAACCCAGGUUCCGCCACAGGAGCAUAUAAUGCCUUGGAAACAAACAUUAUUCCUUCAUUUGUGUUGAUGGAUAUCCAGGCUUCUACAGUUGUCACUUAUGUGUAUCAGCUAAUUGGAGAUGAUGUGAAAGUAGAACGAAUCGAAUACAAAAAAUCAUGA